GACGGACGCCAGGGCGCGACGACCUGAGGUUCUGGCUGCGAUGGUCCACGCAUGAUGGCCAUGCUCCAGCCAUCUCGGCGCGGCGGGGCAAGAUGGGCGCUGGGCCUGAUCGCUGCGGCGGCCUUGCUCCUGGGCACGCAGGCAGCCUUGAGCUUCACCAGCGGCUACACCCCGCAAGGAUCCGCGCGUGAGUGCUCGAGCAUUGCUCUGGGUGCCAAGAAGCGACUCACAUGGACUGUGAAGCAGCGGCAGAAUGCUGAAUACAAGGCACGCCAUCCGCCGCCAGCUAUGACAAACAAGGAGCGCAAGCGCCGACUCCUGAAGAUUGAUCUCUUCCGGCGCGAGGACCUGAUGCUGACUGAGAAGUACCUGUACAAUGAUCCGCGGGACGCAAGGUGGCAGUGGGAUAUUGACAAGACUCGUCAAUACAUGGACGAGCAGGCCACACUGGUAGAUGAUAUCAAGAGGAAGAAGCUUACAAGCCGUGAAGACUUGAAUCUGCCGCUGCCGCCCACGGAUUUGAAGCUGACGGCGCUGGCGAAGAUCUCCCGCAGCAGCGCCGCGCAGGCCUCCAAGGAACAGGCAAAGAAGAAGGAGAGUGAGGAGAAGAAGCCGAAGGUUGUGAAGGGCCAGAAGUUCGAGGACCCGGAUUUGACCGACGUGGACAUUGACUUCAUGAACUACAAGGGGUUGGUGAUGUCAAGACGACAGAAGGCUCAAUACGCUCUACGCGCUCAGAGGCGAAAGAAGCAGGAGAGAAGGCGGUGAGUGGCGGUGAGCUGCAACGCCGGGGAAGCGCCGAGGCAUUGGCGAUGUCUUCACAGAUGGAAGCAUUUGCGGCUCGUUUUCUUCGCAGCCGGCGCUUGCUGAACUUCUGGCGUCCCGCUUUCGCGUUUCACUCCAGUGGCUGUGCGAGCCAAUUUUACACGCUUCCAGCGGAGAGGCC